AUGCGAAGCUCGUUCUAUCGCGCCCUUCUUGCCGCAUUGUGCGUGCUUCUUGUGCUCAUGACCAUGCUCCGAAAGGAAUCGAUAUCAGUCCGUUCUGAACUCUGGGGAAAGACGGGCGUCAAAGCCAACACCGUCCACGAACAGAAACCACUCGAGGACCCCAGCCUGCCCCCCAGCGUACCUGGUGAUUAUAUAACCGGCAUUUCAAACAACUUCAACCUCAACUGCAGUGCCGAUAUGCCACAUCUGCGAAAUAUCAGGGAAAAGUACAGUCUCAAUGAAAGAUUCCAAUACAUGAAGCGCUAUAUUCGCUUCACCCGCGUUGAGGGUCUGGAACGAAAGCGCAUGACCAAGAUCUCCCAAAACUUGCUGAACGGAGCCUUCAAGACCAUCGAUGUCAACAAGCACUACGGACAAGAUGCGUGCGAAAAGCCUCUCGAGGUGCAGGUUCCCGCUUCCGGCUUACCUUCGUCCGUGAAUGCAAGCGAUUUCAUGUUCGGUGUCUCGACGACCUUUAAGCGAUUCAUGGACCCGGAAACCACACCGAUCAACGAAUGGAUCUACUGGCUUACCGAUAGCCGCGGCCACUCCAACGGGGGCAAACUGGUACUCAUGCUUCUCGAUGCCAGCGACGAUGAGCUUCAAGAAGUUGCCAACUUGCUCGGCGACGUUGGCAUUGAUGUCGAUGUCUAUCACUCUGAUUCAUCUCUGGAAAUGGCUGUUCGAUAUCUUUACCUGGUGCCUACGCUCUACAGCCAUCCCGAGGCCCAGAGGAAGAAGUGGCUCGUUAUUUGCGACGACGACACAUUCUUUCCCAGUAUGCACGAGCUGAUGGAGAAGAUGAGCAAGUUUGACCACACCCGCGAGAUGUACAUUGGCACUCUGUCCGAGGAUGUCGGAGCCAUUGAGCGUCACGGCUCACAAGCCUUUGGGGGUGGCGGUGUUUUCUUGUCGCUACCCCUAGCAGAAAAGAUUGCUGAACUCUUUGGUAGUUGCACUACGGAGCAAAAGGUUCUCGAGUCCAACUCUGGCUGGGGUCCUCAGGGUGAUAUCAUUCUCCGCAAGUGCAUCUACGAAAAUACUGAUACUCGACUGACGACCUUUUGGGAACUCUGGCAGUUGGACAUCCUUGGCCAUCCUGCGGGUUUCUACGAAUGGGGCAUCAAACCACUCUCCCUCCAUCACUAUCGUAGUAGUGGAUGGCACAAGGCCAAGCCGGGCAUGUACACCAAAAUUGCUCAUACAUGCGGUGAAGACUGCACGCUCAUGCGAUUCCAAACCAAAGACGACUUCAUCAUUUCCGGAUACUCCAUUGCCCAUUACCCAGAAGGGGUGACUUUCGACACAAACCAGAUGGAAGCAACGCUACACGCAGCCCCGGAGGACAAGGGCUGGAACCUUGACUUCAUGAUGGGACCAAGCCGCCAGAAUCUCGAAAGGACGGGCAAAAAGAUCUCGUGGGAGCUGGAAGAGUCCGAGGUGCAAUCCGACGGUUCUGUACUGCAAACCUACACGCGAAAGAAAAACGAUGAAAGAUGGGUACACCCAGACAGACAGCCCAUGAGCAACAUAGAUGGCAUUAUUGAGCUUGUUUGGAUCCCAUCAUAA